AGAGCUCAACUCAUCUCUCAAACUCUGUUCGAACCCAGAUCGCUGCCGCCACAUUCUUCUGCACGGCACCGUCAUCCUCAGCCACUCUUCACGACGUAGUCGCUCUCUCCUCUUCUCGUCCGAGUCAUCGCCUCUCGUUCUCACCUUCGUCUUCUUCACGCCUGAGCCUGGCGUCUGGUCUGGCAGCAGAGAACUGAAAGGCAUUAACAAAUCCCUCACCCACUAGGUAGAGUGGGCCCUCUACCCGUGGCCCUGUGCUUCCGACACUGGCGUAAGCCCCAAGUUUGCGUGGUCUGUUGUUGUUGAUGGCGAACAAACAAAGCUAGCAGUAAUGUUUUGGAGAAAUUUGAAGCAAUUUGGACUCUCUGCCAGAGAACUACGGGAUAUGGCAUUCUCUCUUGUCAAAUUAUCCUGUUGUCUUCAUGUCACCGCCACCUAUCUCGUGGAUCCUAUUCAGAUCUAUAGUCCUAGCAUGCUUCCGGUAAUGGGUCCGAUGCCUACCAUUAUAUUGACCGAAAGGAACUCCCCCCAUUUUGGUAAAGUUAAGCGCGGGGAUAUUGUUAUUGUGUGGUCACCUGAAAACCCUCGAAAGUUGAUGUGCAAGCGCUUGCUUGGAUUGGAGGGUGAUGCUGUCACAUUUCUUGUAGAUCCUAAUAAUAGUGAUAAAUGCGAGACUGUAAUGGUUCCCAAGGGACACGUUUGGGUUCAGGGAGAUAACAUAUAUAACUCCAGGGAUUCAAGAUAGUUUGGUCCUGUUCCUUUAGAUCUUCUUCAUGCCAAGGUCUUCUGGAGGUUAUCGCCGCCUGGACCCUUAGGCAAAAACUGAUCCAAGAUUUCAGCUUUGUGAAGCUCAAUUCCUUAGCAGUAUUAUCACCAAGGUAUGUAAAACUGGACCGGUCAUUGAACCGAUCAUGACACUUGUUCACGGGCUAGUGGUUCAAUUAGGGUUGAACUGGGGGGUGGCAAACCGGUCAUGAUUAAAAUAAUAUAAUUUAAAUAAAAAGACAUUAAUUAUAAAAACAUUCAACCAAAUUCAACUACUCAAAAGUCUAACAGUAAUAAAAUACAACACUUUAAAUAUCUAUUAUUACAAUUACAACUCUUCAAUCUCAAAAGUCUAGAGAAGAGAUGGAGAUAGAGCUGGAGAAGAGAUGGAGAUUGAGCUGGAAAAGAGACGGAGAGUCAGAGACUAAAUUGGAGAAAAGAUGGAGAUAGCAGAGAUAGAGAUAGAGAUGGAGAAGAGAUGGAGAUAGAGCUAGAGCCUGGAGAAGAGACGAAGACUAAACUAGAGAAGAGACGCUGAUUAGGUUAGGGCAAGAAAGGAGAGAUACAGAUGAAAAGCCGAACUAAAUGCUGUCUGAAAAUUUAGAUUGGACUUAGCGUGCUCUACUUUUAAUUUUUCAUUUUUUGACUUUAGUUUCACUUUUUUUUUGUUAUCUUAUUUCUGAACUCAGCACUCUGAAAAAUAAAAAAUGAAAAAAAAAUCUCUUAAAAAAACCGAGUUAUACCGGGUUGAACCUGGGUUGAUCGGUUUACACUGGUUCAUCCCCUCACCAGUUUAGGAGUAAACUCAGAUCGGACAAGGGAUCUGGUCACUGAUUUUCGGGUUGACCCGGCCGGUUCGGUCCAGAUUUUAAUACCAUGAUUAUCACUUUUUUUAUUCAAUUCCUAAAUGUGUAUACUCGCCCAAGUUUCAUUUUAACGUACGAGGUGCCAUUUCUCCCUACUUGGAGUUAUAAAACUCGUGGUUCCCAGAAGAUGAAAAUCUGGGAGGUGAGACAUAGUUGAUUGUUAAUUAGUAGCAUCAACUGAGGAGUGUUGCCUUUUCAGUAACUGUAUUUUCCGUGGUUGAACACAUUCUUUUAUAUGUAUGCCAUGAUUAGCCUAAAAAGUCUGGUGGAAGACCAUUUGAUGUCCUGUUACUAUUAGAUUGUUGUCCCGUUGAAGAAGGUCAUUGGAAAUGAGGAGGGCCGGGCACGGCUUUAAUUUUAUCAA